UAGGAGGGGGAGGGUGGCUGUAAUGCCCUGGAUCAAGAUCUCUUCGCCAGCACUGAGAUAUUGGUUAUUAAUAACAGGUGGUGGCAGCGGCGGCUACUGCCAGUGCUUGGCCAGAAGCCGUCGAGGUAGGAGGACUCGAAGAUGAGGAGAGGGAGGUUUGACAUCGAGGAGUACCUGAUACAGCUUCAGUUCUCGAAGUAUGAGAAGAAGAGCAAGAAACACACGACUCCCAGCUUUUCCAAGACCAGACACUGCAUUUAUUCCAAGGACCCGGUGAAGGAUGAUCUUAUAUGGAGAUCAGUGGUGCUGGGAGAGACUGCAGCAGCGCAGCGCAGGAAGAGAGACUACGCAUCCACCAACACACUCAUUGAGAGGUCGACGUCUUCAAGGUCAAGGAAUAGCUCCCUGCAGUUUAGUGCAGGAGGCGAGGGGCAGGACACCUUCCUGCAGCGCCUCCUGCAAUCCUACGCCCACGCCGCCCACGGGCCACCCCUUCCGCCCACUUCAAACGGAUACAUAGGGUGGCGUUCCUCUGUACCAGACCUGAGAUUAGAACGGUAUGGACCCUAUACCUGAGUGCUGCUUCCACGCCCAUAUCCACGCCCACAUCACGCCCACACCCAUGAGUGUAAACCUACGCCUACUAACCGUUGAUCAUGCCAGGAUCCUCGGCUACGACAGACGUUUCAAUACUUCACAGAAGACUUAACCAACAAUAACAACAAUGGCGUAUGUCUCCAUACUAAUCAAUGAUUAUUCAAUUUAAUGAGGAAAUUUGCUCUGAUAUAAAAUAUUUACCCCUUUAACUACCCAAAAUAAAAUAAUUACUAUAAUA